AUGGGGAUUCUCGGAACUCUGGCUAUCUCGAUUCUGGGAAUCUCUUUGUUUAUCUUCAUAGCCCUCUUUGGAAGGCUUCCUACGUUUAGGAAAACUCCUAUCGGAUUACUCCAUAGGAUCAUUUGUAUACACAUCCCCAAUGGGCUGAUAUCUGUGGACUCAUAUCUACUGGGUGGCCGAUUAUUGUUCUGCUGGAAUCGAUCCGGUAAUUACAUAUUGCACGAAAAUCACCCUCUUGUUCUGAUCUUCUUCUCUUCACUUCUCAUAGCGGGAGAAUGGAUGUUUAUUCCAAGUGCAUGGUCUAGAAUAUCUACGAUCCAUCGACUAUGUAUUCCCGUUCUUGUGCUGCUUCCGUACGUCUUUCUAUAUGCGAGUGUUGUCACAAAGUCGUACAUCACCCCAGAAAACCAUGCGGACGAAAUGGUUCGCUACCCCUAUGACCGAGUCAACUUCCAUCCGGGUCACCGUUGCCGGACGUGCAAUUUCCUGAAACCGGCACGAAGUAAGCACUGCAGUUUCUGCAAAGCUUGUGUCUCUCGACAUGAUCAUCAUUGCGUGUGGCUAACCAACUGUGUUGGAUUGAAUAACUAUCGCUAUUUCUUGUCCUUGCUGCUAUCUUUAUCCGUUCUUCUGAUAUAUGGCUCAUGCCUCGGAUACUCUCUUGUGUCGCAGAGUUUAGAGAAGCUGAUACCAUCGAGCUCGCAUCUGAGAAGCGGAAACCAAAGCUGGACCACUUUCUUCAAUGUGUGGGCCAUAGCUAUUACGUCAGACAUUCGUGUUGGAGCUGUCAGUCUGUUGACAGCCAUGACAGCACCCUUGGCGGUAGCCUUCCUGGUGUAUCAUGCCUAUCUCAUCUGGGCUGGCACAACGACUAAUGAAAGUGCGAAAUGGUCGGAUUGGAAAGAAGAUGUUGCCGAUGGUGUUGUAUUCAAGUCCACUAGAGGCGAGAUUUAUGGUACAUCGUCCGAGCCAACCCGAGAUCAGAUCUCCUGGCCAGUGAGCAGUGACCAGAUACUCAUUAUUAAGGAGGGACAACCCCCUAGCGACGGCUUCAUGUUUUGCUCGCUUUCGAAUGCAAUCCUCCAGAAAGAUGAUCCGCAGGCUCUAGUCGACACGAGAUGGCGCCAGGUAUCCAGCAUGAGGGAGAUUGACAAUAUCUAUGAUCUGGGGUUCGGGGACAACCUUCGGGAUGCUUUCAAUCUUCCCAUCCGACGCUAA